AUGGAAUUGCGCACGGAGCUCUCGACUAGCCAGACUACUCCGACAGCAAUACCUGUUUCAGUGUCCGGGACUCUCCUUCGUGCUCCGCCUCUGCUCCUACGUGCCACCGAAAAGUAUCCCAGGACUCCCAAGUGCGCCCGCUGUAGAAACCAUGGGGUCGUCUCCGCUCUGAAGGGCCACAAACGCUACUGUCGCUGGAAGGAUUGCAUGUGCGCGAAGUGUACCCUGAUCGCUGAAAGGCAGAGAGUGAUGGCGGCUCAGGUAGCCCUGAGAAGGCAACAGGCGCAGGAAGAAAACGAAGCCCGGGAGCUGCAACUUUUGUACGGGACGGCGGAAGGAUUGGCCAUUGCAGCUGCCAACGGCAUGAUCCCAUCCCGAUCUUCUUACGAUGUGUUCGGCUCGGUCUGUUCCGAGGGUAACACAGAAACUAAACUCCAGAAGUAUGAAUUAUUUCAAAAGAGUUUGAUGCCGCGGGCUGGUACUCCUCAGCAGUCCUUAGUGAAGCCGAUCCCGGGUGACAGUGAGCCGGGAGCGGGUAGUGUCCCUGGCACCUCGUCGCCAGACGUUCGCCAUGGAUCAGGAUCAGAGAACGGAGAUGGAGAAUCCUUUCUUAGUUCUCCCAUCUGUAAAGUUCUUAAAGAAGGACAGGAUAGCCCAAGGACCAUCACGCCGCUGGGCUCUGACUCUGGGUCAGAGACAGAAAAGGAUGAAAGAGACGGUACCCCUUCCACAGGUGCCCGCCAGAGGACUCCAAUUGAAAUUCUAACCCGGGUUUUCCCCUCACACAAGAGAAGUGUUCUAGAGCUGGUCCUGCAAGGUUGCGGAGGGGACGUUGUCCAAGCCAUCGAGCAGAUUCUGAACAAUAGAGAGCAAGAAAAGGUUUCCGAAGAAACUUGGCACCGUGAUAGGACUCAUCAGGCUGUCCAAGGACCUACAUCACAUCGACCUCUGGUAGCUGGGGCGGUGCCCCCUGCCAUUGGGACGCUGGGCAACAGGUCAGCUUUUUCACCACUGCAGCCUAACGCGGCCCAUUUUACUACAGAUCCCAACGCCUAUGCCAUCGGACCACAUCUAGGACUCAAUCCUCUUCGCUUAGCGUAUUCGGCCCAUAGUCGGGGACUUGCUUUCAUGACACCUUAUUCAACGACGGGCCUUGUCCCAACACUGGGCUUUCGUCCACCAAUGGAUUACGCCUUCAGCGACCUCAUGCGAGAUAGGUCCAACUUGCACAAAGAUCAAGUGUACACCAAUGGACUUUACGGAUCAGUUGUAAAUAGUAACCCGGAUAAACAGUAAGUUGCAACACUCUCUCAGGCGUCUUAAAAUUUGACAAAGCACUGGCCCGAAUUGUUCGAAACUGUCCCGUGCCUACGUGAUGAUUAUAGAACAUGCAUUGGAGAAAGUUAA